UGGUGGGGGUGGUGACAGGCUCCGGGCCUGGCAUCCCGGUAGCCGCAGCUGUCUUUUCCGGCCCCGGUGCGCUCUCCGCCCCAAGGCGGAGCCCCCCGGCUUGCGGGGAUCCCUCGAGCGCUGCGUCCUGUGGGUGGGUCACCUAACCUAUUUGUGGCUUCCACUACCUGUGCUCAGCCAUGGCCAGCGAGAGCUCGCCUCUGCUGGCCUACCGACUCCUGGGGGAGGAGGGGACUGCCCUCCCUCUCAAUGGGGCCGGGGCUCCUGGAGGGGCAUCUGCCCGGAAGCUGUCCACCUUCCUGGGUGUGGUGGUGCCCACUGUCCUGUCCAUGUUCAGCAUAGUUGUUUUUCUGAGGAUUGGGUUCGUGGUGGGCCAUGCUGGGCUGCUGCAGGCUCUGGCCAUGCUGCUGGUUGCCUACUUCAUCCUGGCGCUCACCGUCCUCUCUGUCUGUGCCAUCGCCACCAAUGGAGCUGUGCAGGGGGGCGGAGCCUACUUCAUGAUCAGCCGCACAUUGGGGCCCGAGGUCGGGGGCAGCAUUGGGCUCAUGUUCUACCUGGCUAACGUCUGUGGCUGUGCCGUCUCCCUGCUGGGCCUGGUGGAGUCUGUGCUUGAUGUCUUCGGGGCCGAUGCCACAGGGCCCAGUGGGCUCCGGGUCCUGCCCCAGGGCUAUGGCUGGAACCUGCUGUAUGGCUCCCUCCUGCUGGGCCUUGUGGGUGGGGUCUGCACCCUGGGAGCUGGCCUCUAUGCCAGGGCCUCAUUCCUCACAUUCCUGCUGGUCUCCGGCUCCCUGGCCUCCGUGCUCAUCAGCUUUGUGGCUGUGGGGCCGAGGGACAUCCCCUUGACCCCUCGGCCUGGCCCCAAUGGCUCCUCCCUGCCGCCCCGGUUUGGCCACUUCACCGGCUUCAACAGCAGUACCCUGAAGGACAACUUGGGUGCUGGCUACGCUGAGGACUACACCACAGGAGCCAUGAUGAAUUUUGCCAGCGUCUUUGCUGUCCUCUUUAACGGCUGUACAGGCAUCAUGGCUGGGGCCAACAUGUCAGGGGAGCUGAAGGACCCCAGCCGGGCGAUCCCUCUGGGCACGAUAGUCGCUGUCGCCUACACCUUCUUCGUCUAUGUCCUGCUUUUCUUCCUCUCCAGCUUCACCUGUGACAGGACCCUGCUGCAGGAAGACUAUGGGUUCUUCCGCGCCAUCAGCCUGUGGCCCCCACUGGUGUUGAUCGGAAUCUAUGCCACCGCGCUCUCAGCGUCCAUGAGCUCGCUCAUUGGCGCCUCCCGCAUCCUCCAUGCCCUGGCCCGGGAUGACCUCUUUGGAGUGAUCUUGGCGCCGGCCAAGGUUGUGUCCCGGGGCGGAAACCCCUGGGCGGCUGUACUGUAUUCUUGGGGCCUGGUGCAGCACUUUGGAUCAAUGGCACGCCUCUUGGCCCCUGCCCAGCUGGUGCUCCUGGCCGGGAAGCUGAACACGCUGGCUGCCGUGGUCACUGUCUUCUACCUGGUGGCCUAUGCCGCUGUGGACCUGUCCUGCCUGAGCCUGGAGUGGGCCUCGGCCCCCAACUUCCGCCCCACCUUCAGCCUGUUCUCCUGGCACACCUGCCUGCUGGGGGUAGCCUCCUGCCUGCUCAUGAUGUUUCUCAUCAGCCCUGGUGCGGCCGGUGGCUCCCUGCUCCUCAUGGGUCUCCUGGCUGCCCUGCUCACCGCGCGAGGAGGCCCCAGCAGCUGGGGCUAUGUCAGCCAGGCCUUGCUUUUCCACCAGGUGCGUAAGUAUCUGCUCCGGCUGGAUGUCCGCAAGGAUCACGUGAAGUUCUGGCGGCCCCAGUUGCUGCUCCUGGUGGGGAACCCCCGGGGCGCCCUGCCUCUGCUGCGGUUGGCCAACCAGCUUAAGAAGGGGGGGCUCUACGUGCUGGGCCACGUCACCCUGGGAGACCUUGACUCCCUCCCCUCGGACCCUGUGCAGCCGCAGUACGGGGCAUGGCUCAGCCUGGUGGACCGGGCCCAGGUGAAGGCUUUUGUGGAUCUAACUCUCUCGCCCUCCGUGCGCCAGGGGGCUCAGCAUCUGCUGCGAAUCUCCGGCCUCGAGACCACAACGCUCAUGAAAGUUUUCCUGUGGAAGAUAUCAGGUGGCAUGAAGCCCAACACGUUGGUCCUGGGUUUCUACGAUGACGCCCCACCGCAGGACCAUUUCCUGACGGACCCGGCUUUCUCUGAGCCUGCAGACAGUACCAGGGAGGGCAGUUCCCCAGCUCUGAGUACCCUGUUCCCUCCUCCCCGGGCUCCUGGGAGCCCCCGGGCUCUCAGUCCCCAGGACUACGUGGCCACGGUGGCUGAUGCCCUCAAGAUGAACAAGAAUGUGGUGCUGGCCCGGGCCAGUGGGGCCUUGCCCCCUGAGCGGCUGAGCCGGGGGUCUGGGGGCACUUCUCAGCUGCACCACGUGGACGUGUGGCCCCUCAACCUGCUGCGGCCCCGGGGUGGGCCCGGCUACGUGGACGUCUGCGGCCUCUUCCUACUGCAGAUGGCAACCAUCUUGGGCAUGGUGCCUGCUUGGCACAGCGCCCGGCUCCGGAUCUUCCUGUGCCUGGGGCCUAGGGAGGCGCCUGGGGCGGCCGAGGGGCGGCUGCGGGCGCUGCUGAGCCAACUGAGGAUCCGGGCUGAGGUGCAGGAGGUGGUGUGGGGCGAGGGGGCCGGGGCUGGGGAACCCGAGGCGGAGGAGGAAGGGGACUUUGUGAACAGUGGGCGGGGAGAUGCGGAGGCAGAGGCCCUGGCACGCAGCGCCAACGCCCUGGUUCGGGCCCAGCAGGGGCGCGGCACAGGAGGAGGGCCGGGUGGGCCGGAGGAUGGGGAUACCGAGGGCCCCACCACAGCCCUCACCUUCCUGUACUUGCCUCGGCCACCCGCCGAUCCCGCCCGCUACCCCCGAUACCUGGCGCUACUGGAGACUCUAACCCGAGACCUGGGCCCCACGCUACUGGUUCACGGGGUCACCCCAGUCACCUGCACUGAUCUCUGAUGCCCCUGCCUCCAAGGCUGGGUAGAGAGGGCCCAGGCAGGUGGCCCAUCCCGAUCCUGAGGAGGAGGAGGAGGAGGAGGAGCAGGAGAAAAGCACUGUGUCCCCUGGCCUUGCCCUUGGGAUGUGGAGCCCAGGGGAGGUUUGAAGGGGAUCAUGCCACCUCCUUUGGCAGAGGCACUCCAGCACACUAACUCUGGGCGCCUGUCCCCACCGUGCAGGGGAGGGAGUCCGCAGCCUCCCUUCACUGGUGCCUUGAUGCUAGGGGCCAGGCCUCCGUGACUCUGGGCUACCUCAGUUUCCCCAUUUUGGCCAGACUCACCGGCCCACUGGGGUGGUGAUGUUUUCGUUCUGUUUUAUUUUUCUAACUUUGCUGACCAGGAAUAAAAGACCAAAACACUA